GAGGGGAAAUGAGAGAUCAGCUGUGGUGGAGUUCAGCUGCCUAGCAAGGUAAAACCACCGCUCUGGGGAAUGGGGCUGCAGCUUUCCCCUUCUAGGUUCAAGCAGUAGCAAAGCUGAGCACGUAUCCCUGAGACGCACAAGACACACACAGGCAGAGACAGGACCCUAAGAUGACCGGCUUGUUGGGUUUGUGCUUUGCACGUUGCGGUGGCCAGGGCUGGGGUUUGGGGUGCACGGGGCAGCCGUGUGAUGCUGAGCCGAGACUGGGACAUGGACUGGGGCCUCCCAGGGCUGCGGUGGUCACCAUGGUGCUCUGGUGCCCACAACAGAACUGGGAUGAGUCGGCAUGGGGACUGUCACCGGGGCUCUGUGAUGCAGUGCGCUUCAGGCCAUCGACCAUGGCUAUCGGUAUAAUUCACCUCCUGUCAGUGCUGGGCCUCCUUCAGCUCACUCUCAAGGUUGGGGACCAGCCCGACAAGGUCACCCAAGACCUCAUUCAAGAACAAGAGAAGAUGCUGAGGGAGGAGAUGUCGUGGCUGCUGCAGGAGGUCAAAGAAGGAAGCGAGCUGGAGAGUGGGAACAGCACACCGUUCGUGUUCCUCGCUGCGUGCCACCACUGGCAGUUCUGGGCACUUGCCGAAGUGCUUCUCAUUCUGUUUGGGAUGUACUGGCUGCCCAGGCAGAGAAAAGCUGACACCAAUGGUGAUUCUGACCCAUGGAGCUCAACCAGUGAGGAUGGGGAUGUAGGAGAGGAAGAGGAUGAAAAAGUUGAGGAUGAGUUGAUGGAGGAACAGGAGGAGUGGGAAGAAGUGCACUUCAACGACCAACGCGAUCCAGGCCUGCUUGUGGGUCUGCUCAGGGAGGCUGUGCUGCCAAAGCUUCUUGAGAUGGAGAACAUAAUGGAAGAGAUGGCAGGGACAAAUUCUGCAUCAGCAAACUCCCUUCAGAGAUCCACUUUCAUGAGCGAGCUGCAGGCAGAGAUGGGGUUGUUUGCAACUCUCUUUGAGAACAACCUAGCUAUUUCAUCCCUCAUUUGCUCCAAGGACCAACUUAAUGGUUCUCCUUCAAGCUUCCACUGAGGAAUACCUGCAAAAAUUAGAUGCAUAGACGCAUAAGAAUAGUCAAAAUAGUUAAGAUUGUUUGUUAGGAGAUGUUCUCUAUAUCGAUUAGUCACCUGAAUAGAAAUAGAUUUGUAGUUUACAAGGACUACCCUGCAGCUGGGUUUCAGGACUCCAGCAAACCUGUGAAUUGAAGCGUCUCACCUGAUCCAGCUGAAGAUGCUGUUCCCAGGAGUCCUGCAGCAGAGCCUCCCAUUACCACCAUUACCACCCGGACAGCAGCUGCCUAUGCUGCUGGGGGAGUGGAUCCCCUCUAGAACCGUUAGUUUAAG